AUGUUGGAACAGAUUAGCACAAAGUCGGCAAAGUUACAGCAUAUAAGAGAUACUUUACUUCAACACACUCGAUAUGUAUGGUUAGACACCAUCUGCAUUGAUAAAGCCAAUUUAUCCGAGCUUGAUCGAACUAUUCGAUCAAUGUACAAGUGGUAUUCCAAUUGUCAAGCUGUCGUUCUGGAUUCAGGAACUCCGUUGAAGGAUUGGUGCAAGAGAGGAUGGUGUCUACAAGAAGGCGCGGCUGCUGGAGUACUCUAUGGAAUGUCUAAAGACGACAAAUUGAUGACAAUCCAAGAACUGGCAAAGGAGCAAAAUGUAAAUCUCUGUAUCUUGGAUCUUCACCUCUAUUAUCGACAUGGAAAUGCUGCUGAGAUACUUGCUAGAAUGAAUGUGAGAGAAACGACUAGGGAAGAAGAUAUGACAUAUGCACUGGCAGGAAUAUUCCAGAUACACUUGACAGCAUCGUAUGGAGCAAGAAGUGAGCCUCGUGAGAGACUUCUAUAUGAACUAGCAAAAAAGAAAGGCGAUCUGUCGUUCUUAAGCUUU